AUGUUAAACGGUAUUGAGAAUAGUGAUAGCGAUCAGUUAAAGUCAGGAGCAUUAUUCAGUUGGUCAGCGAGACUGAUUUUGUGCCUGAAGAGGAGGGGAUCGGAGAUGGAUGAUGACAACUAUAACACAAUUGAUCCGAGGGAUUUGUUUGGAGAUGACGACGAUGAUCAGCUGAUGUAUGGCGAUGAUCAGAUGCAAUCGGAUGAACCUGUAGGUGUUAUAAGUGAACUGAAUGCACUGGAUCAGAGACGUCCAAAACGACCGAUCAACGUUGAUGAUUGUGAUGCCUUAGAUUGGCACAUGCGUGUUCCGUGCUCGUUCGAAGAGCUCUACGAGUGUCAUCGAAAAGAGCAAGAGAAUGAGGAGAUUCUCAACCGAAUCACCUCACGCAUUCUUCAGGCUCGUAAACGAAGGCGUAUGAAUGCAAACCUAGAAGCGAAUCAAGAAGAUGAUGAAAAUGAAAAAGAGAAUCACCAAAACAGAGUUGAUGUAAUGCUGUACCCACCAACUGAUGGCUCACCAUGGAUUGGCGUUAGUGCACCGGAUUACGGGCAACGAUAUUACCUACGAUUGCGGAAUGUCUCGUCAUCGUCCUUACUACGACACAGAACAAGCGAUCGUCAUUCGUCAACUGCAUCCACUUCGAAGCAUUCGAAUCCCACUCAGUUGAAUUCACGUCCCAUUGAUGCAAUUCUUGAAUCGGCUCGAUUAGAACUUCAGUCUCGGCUAGAGGCAAAACAAGCUUGUGAUCGAAUGGAAUUUGAACCGUACCCUAUGGAAACCAUCCUGUCAUCACCAAAUUGUGCAGAUUCAGAGCUUUGGGUUGAUAAAUACGCACCCAAAACAUAUGUGGAUUUGAUCAGCGAUGAAGUUGGUUGUUGGCAUUUUACUCAAAUUCAUCGAGAGUAG